AUGGUUGCACGUGGGUCUGUAAGGAUGCUGGCCCUGCUGUCCCUGUGGCUGGGAGCCCUGCUCGCCUCUCAGGCUUCUCCAGAUUGCACUCAUCCACCUUGCAGAGACAAACUGGUGGCGGCGCCCAUCCUGCAGGGCCGAGGAUCUGGAGCCGGUGUCGGGAGCUGCGACGGGUCAGCUGGAAAAAACAACUGUAAGACUGGAAUAGCUUCGCUCCCAGCGGUGGCUGAUGCUCCUCAGAAGCAGCACAGAAGCAACUUUCCGCCUCAGCCUCCCAAGGUGGCAGGAGUGAAGGAGCGGCUGGUCCAGCUGCAGCGCUGCAUGCUCACGCUCCAGGAGUCAGGAGGAGCCUGGAGCCCCAGUCAGGACAGCAGCUCUCUCGGGGGCAUCCUGGCUCUGAUGGCAGCCGUGCUGACGGAGUGUGACCUCCACUGUCACAGCCAGGCUCUCGGGGCGAUGGCCCAGCGACUGGAAAGUGUUGCAGUUGGAAGAGAGGGGGAGAAAGACCUCCUACUUCUCCUCAAAAGUAUCACACAGCAUCCUCCCACAGUGGCCCCGCAGGAAAGGUCUCACCCCCAGGACUGUGCUGAGAUCUACAGACUGGGCAUCAAAGAGAACGGUAUCUACACCAUCCAGCCGGACCUGCAGAGGCCAGCUCUGGAGGCUAAAUGCGACAUGGAGACAGCAGGAGGGGGGUGGACAGUGAUCCAAACUCGACGGGACGGCUCGGUGGACUUCAACAGGACAUGGCAGGAGUACAGGGAGGGCUUUGGCAGUCCUCUAGGAGAACACUGGCUGGGGAACGCAGCUCUGAGCGCGCUCACCUCCACUGGUCAGCACCAACUCCGCAUCGAGCUGGAAGACUGGCACCAGCAGAAGCGGCAGGCCACAUACAGCAACUUCAGAGUGGCUCCAGAGGCCCAGCGGUACCGUCUAACAGCCCGUGAGUACUCUGGUGACGCAGGGAAUGCUCUGAGCUACAGCAAACGCUACAACCACGACGGCCGAUCCUUCAGCACCAACGACAGGGAUCACGACCGCUACGCCGCUGGGAACUGUGGUCAGUACUACGGAGCGGGUUGGUGGUUUGACGCCUGCCUGGCCGCCAACUUAAAUGGCCAGUAUUACCGUGGACGCUACAGCGGCGUGACCAACGGUAUCUACUGGGGCACGUGGUACAUCCUGACAGAUGGGCGUACUGGAGAACGCUACUCCUUCAAGAAGGUGGAGAUGAAGACAAGACCGCAACGUUUCUUAGAACUUGUCAAACAUUAG